AUGUAGUAUGUCCUCAUUUCAGCUUCAAUGUGAUCUACUGGUCAAGCCUUGCCCAGCACAUCUGCAACUGGGGAGAUAGGCAAAGGGAAACGGCCAGGUCUUGUUAAGUUGACAAAGCGUGACAGUUACUGUAUGCAGGGAACUGUUGAGGGAGGUCCAAGCCAACUCAACCAAACCCUCUCAAACAAACCCUCAGCUCACAAACACACACUGAACUCAAGCCACAGGUGAGACCUUUUCCCUGUUGCUCAAAUAUCUUUGUCAAUGUGAGAUAAUUUCACACUCAUCUUUAAAACAUUCAUGGGUGAAUCAGCAGUCUAAAUAUGAGAAAAAAAGCUAAAUUAAUGGCAUUCCAUGACAAUACUGACAUGCUUUUAGGGAGAUUGAGGGUCAUGAACUAUGUAAAAUAUAAAAUCAGCAUGUUCCCUUUUUUUCUCAUAUUUCACUGUUCUACUGUAAUAGUUUCAUGUCUGCUCUGUCAUUCUGUGGUCAUAUUUUAAUUCAUACUCACUGGUAGCUGAGAAAUGAAUAGGUCCAGGGAGACACACAGGAUGAGCUGGGUCCCACUGAAAGAAACAGGAAAAGGAAACAGUAAAGAGGACAGAAACAUCUAUACAUCCAAAGAGGCCUCCAUCACGCCGGUGCAGUUUUCCAGACAAGUCCAGGUCCGUCGCCUCAUCAGUCUGAAGGGCUUGCUCACUGCUCAGAAGUUCUCAAAGGGGUUAAAGGAGCGGACAGCACAGAAACUAGCAGCAAAGAAAGGCGUCAGAGGCCCUGCAAGAAAGUUGAUUCCAAUCAUAAAUGACCAGGUGCCAACCGGCUGUGCCCAGCCUAAGGAAUGCUUCCCAGUGGCCCACGGCUCACAACUGCUGCAUGACUUCCUGGCCUCCCGUCUGGACGGCGUGGCUUAUGUUGCUGGCACCGGUGGGCCCUUGUCGGCCGGACCCCUAGCACUGGCGCUAAGUGAGGAUCUGAGGGCACUGGUCCGGGCCAUCUGCCCACCACGCUACCGGCUGGUGUGCACCGUGAGCCUGGGACCAGCGGGGCAGGAAGGGUUGAUGAUGGCCAGCCGAUGCCUGUGGGACGCACAUGCAGACACCUGCAUCUCACACACCACCCAGACAGCGCAGAUCUUCUGUGUGGCGUCAGCCUUCGCAGUAUAUUAUGAGUGACAAUGAAAAUUUUUUUUUUUAAUGGUAUUUGGCAGAUGCUUUUGUCCAAAAAAUUGCAGUCAAUACCCAUUACAUAAAUAUUCAAGUGUUUCUAGUUUUGCCUUAGAUUAGAUAUGCCAUGGUUUAUCUGUGUUUCUUCCCAGAAGAAAACAUACUUUAAGUGGGAAUUAAAGAAGUUAUUAAACUCUUAGGUCUAGUUCCCCAUACAUGGCUUAAACCUGAAAGAAAACAAUGUGUGCAAGAAACUGGUAUGGUGGAAUAACACAAGAGCUAUGAGCAUUUAGCAUCCCAUGAAUGAAAAAGAUGGCCUUAAUCGGUUUGUUUUCACUU